AUGACACAAGGAAAGCAUUGCGUACCUCAAGGUUCUACCAUCCUUGUCACUGGGGCCAAUGGAUAUCUCGCGUCUGCAAUUACCAAGCUUCUCUUAGAGCUAGGGUACAAAGUCCGCGGAACAGUUCGAGCCCCAAAGCCGUGGCUGAACCAUUACUUUGAGGAGAGAUACGGCUCUGGCAAUUUUGAAACAGUCAUAAUCACGGACUUUCAAGAUACGGACACCUGGGAUCAGGCGCUCGAGGGAAUAUCAGGGAUCGCACACGUUGCUCAUGACAUGGCCUGGAGUUCAGAUCCGAAUAUUGCUGUUAGGGGCCCUGUUAAAGCGAUCUUGAAUAUCCUUGACAUAGCCUCCAAACAUGACUCCGUGAAGCGAAUUGUCCUGACAUCCACCAUUGGUGCUGCUCCUUGCAUCGAUAUCAACGGCAACCCGGCGACUACUCCAGUCAACGACGAUGACUGGAACGACUUCGCUGUCGAAGCAGCAUGGAGUGACUCAACACCAGAGGAGCAGAGGGUAUAUAUCAAUCACUGUGCGGCAAAGGUCGAAGGAGACAGGAAGGCUCUCCAAUGGGUCCAAGAUAAUCAACCUGGAUUCGACGUGAAUAUUGUCAUGCCUGGAUUCUCGGUAGGCAGGAUACUUCACGCAAGCAUCACUGGUCAAUCCAUGCGCGAAAUCGUCGGACUUCUUCAAGGAAAGCCUACAAAGAUGUUCGAAUUCGUCCCUCCAUGGUUCAUCAAUACUGAAGACGUUGCUCGACUUCACGUCAUUGCACUGCUGAAGCCCGAAGUCAGCUCUCAGCGAAUCUUCGCCUGCGCUAGUCCUUUCACCUGGAAGGAAGUGGUUAGCAUCUUGAGGGAGCUCGACCCAAGUAAUACCCUCAUUCCGGACGCCCCCGACGAGAACCGCAGGCCUUGCCAUGUCAUCCCUGCAACCGAAGCGGAAAGGUUAAUCCAGGAUUUCUUUGGGCGCAACGGCUUUACCUCGCUCAGAGACAGUCUUGCAAGCGCCGUCACCAAGUCCGCCUGA